AUGUCCUCCCACAAUAGCGCCACGCACAAACCUGAAAACGCCCUUACGACCUCUCUUCUCAAGCAAAUACCCGAAGACCACGAUUACAGCAUGGCGCGCUUUCUCGCCCAGCCGCAAACACCGACUGAGCGUGCUCCACUUGGCUUUAGGAACAUUGAGAGUGAGGAGGAAACGAAGGCUCGCAUGAAGACUCAGUUGGACGCUGUUGGUGCAGUACUUGGCCAAAGUAGCAAUCCUCCUCCCAACCAGUGA